AUGCAAUUCUCCCUUGCUACCAUUGCCAUGGCGGCUGCCGUGGUUGCUGCUCCUACGGGCGGUAACACUGGCGGCGGUGCUUGCAGCAUCAACGGUGGCACCAACAAUGGACAGGUGAGCUGUUGCAGCUCUACCCUUCCGGUUGUUAGCAGUCUUCUUUGCGGAAUCCUUUCUGGUUCCUGCAGCUCUGGCCAGUCGGUCUACUGCUGCGAUGCUACCCAAACUGGACUGAUCAAUAUCGGCCUGAACAACUGUGGCAAGAUCCUCUAG